AUGUCUGCUGUGACGAUGACCCGAAUGACCAGCAAAUGGCAACAAUCCUUCACCAAUCGACACCGAGACAUGGCGAGUCAGUCGCGUCGACCGAAAAGGAAGAGGAUCGUCCGUCAGGCUGCCAAGACCGUUAUCUGGCGACAUGCCCCUAUUUUCGACGCGGCAGAUGAUCAUCACGGCCAAAGGGAUGGCACCGUUGAUAAGCUCCUGCCCGUUUUGGCUGCAUCAACGGCCCUUGCAGACACAUCGUCGGACGCAAUGCAACAAUCAAAUCGGAGGGAUAAAAGGGGGAUAAAGAGCAUGGAAUGGCCGAGAUGA